AUGACAGUUUAUACAGCUACAGUUACUUCUCCAGUCAAUAUUGCAACUCUUAAAUAUUGGGGCAAAAGAGAUACCAAGUUGAACUUACCAACCAAUUCGUCGAUUUCAGUUACUUUGAGUCAAAACGAUCUCAGAACAUUAACUUCAGCUGCUUGUUCAGAAGAAUAUGAAUCCAACAGAUUAUUUUUGAACAGGAAAUUAGAGUCCAUGGAGACACCAAGAUUAAUUGAAGUUUUGAAAGAUUUGAAAAAAUUGCGUGAAAAAGUUGAGAAUUCUGAAGGGAAUGAACACUUACCCAAAUUAAGUCAAUUGAAUUUAUUGAUUGUGUCUGAAAAUAAUUUUCCAACAGCCGCUGGGUUGGCAUCAUCUGCUGCUGGGUUGUCAGCGCUAGUCAAGGCUAUUUCAAAAUUAUAUGAAUUACCAGAUUCUUUAUCUGAGAUAUCGAAAAUUGCUAGAAAGGGAUCAGGAUCAGCAUGCAGGUCAUUGUUUGGUGGAUAUGUCGCAUGGGAAAUGGGAGAGUUAAGUAAUGGAGAAGAUUCAAAAGCAGUUGAAAUUGCACCAUUGGAACAUUGGCCAAAUAUUAAAGCGUUGAUUUUAGUUGUUAGCGCCCACAAAAAAGAUGUUUCAUCAACCUCAGGGAUGCAAUUGACUGUUAAAACAUCUGAUUUAUUUAAUUACAGAAUCAAUAAUAUUGUUCCUCAAAGAUUUGAAGAAAUGAAAAAAAGUAUUUUAGAAAAGGAUUUCAAUAAAUUUGCUGAAUUGACUAUGAAAGAUUCAAAUUCGUUUCAUUCCACAUGUUUAGAUUCUUAUCCACCAAUUUUUUAUCUUAAUGACUAUUCAAGAAGAAUUAUUAGAUUGGUUCAUUUAAUCAACGAGAAAAGCGUUAAGGAAAAUGGUAAGAUUAUAGUUGCAUAUACAUUUGAUGCUGGGCCGAAUGCUGUGUUAUAUUAUGAAGAAGAAAAUGAAAAGACAAUUUUAAAUGUCUUUUACAAGAUUUUAAGCGAGGUUACAGGAUGGGAUGCCCAAAAAUUUGAUUUCAAGAACCAAGAAUACUCAAAAGGCCAACUUAUCUUAAGCGACGAAGAAAUCGAUUAUUCAAUUAAAGAUGGAAUCUCCAGAGUGAUCCUAACCCAAGUUGGACCAGGGCCCCAGGACAGUGAAGAAUCGUUGAUUGAUGUUGCCAGUGGGAAACCGAAAUUCUCUUCCUGA